AUGUACUAAUUAAGAUUACAUAAAUUUUUAGAAACUCAGAAUAUGUACAAACAUAAUAAAAUGAAAACUAUUAAAAAUGGUUCGGAAUUAUAAGAUGCUAAUGCAGUUAUUAUUAUUAAAAAAAGGAAAAAUUAUAUUUUAUCCAAAUUAUAUCCAUAUUACUACUUAAGAUAUGUUUCAAUAUUACUUGAAUAUAUUAAUGUACAUGAAAUAAAAUCCUUUUUAGAUGAAAUAAACAAACAAAAUUCAAAAAUUGGCCACAAAAAAAAUAAUUUUGAUAUCCUAUACGCUCUUAUUUGUUGA